UGUUUUGAGAUUGAAUAGGGGAAAAGCUAAGAAUUCUUUGUAGAUACUUCAUGUACCUGAUGCUAAAUUUCGAUUAGAAUAUCCCUGAGAAACGAGCAGACGAUAAUAUUGGUUAUUGAUCGAAAGAGAAAUGCUACUCUCCUUUCUUCAACACAGCUUACUGCCAUUUGACCUCCAAGGUUGAUUGGAUCUUGUGGGUAAGCGUUUUUCCAUUUUGUUUGGGUCGCUUCUCUGUUGCUCGCUUUUGUUUACUGUUAACUAACUGAAAAAAUAAAGAACAUUCAAGAUGGGUACUGUGCUAAGUAUAUCUCCUAGAGACAGAAAACCAACGUAUGGAGAUUAUACUCUCAAUGGAUUCAAUUACGAGCAAUUGAGUAAUGCUAAGAUCAAAGAAAAGAACGGCAACGUCGUUGCAAAUCUGAAUCAUACCCACAAUUCCAAUUUUAAAAAACAUUCCCUGUUCAUCAAUGCUCUGAGCUGGAAGACGCUAACUUCUUCAAACAGAAGAAAAGUUGACAAAAACAAAAAUACGACUCGACAGCCUCUGGAUAAUCUCAACAAUGUGGUCGACAACAAGAAAAAUAUCCAAAAGUCUGUUUCGUGCUACAAUCUUAAAACCUCCACUGUUACCGCCCUUGAUGUUGUCGUGCGGAAUACUUCAGCAGGUGAUCGUCAUAAGAUGCCACCAUCAUUGCCGCCCUCAAAACCAUCGGUGCUAGUUGCUCAUAACUUGGUGCGACCCCUUAUGAACCACAUUUCUGGCCAUCACGGACACCAGCACAGUAUCCAGUUUCCCAAUGGUGCUUCACUUGGCGUUGCUGGAAAAAGCAACGCAGCUGUCAGUCCGAGCCAGCAACACAGGAAGACCGUCAUCCAAGCUUCGACAUCAGAACUUCUUCGAUGCUUGGGAGAAUUUCUUUGCAAGAAAUGCUGGAAGCUCCGAGACAUACAACCAGCUGAUGCUGUCCUGUGGCUGAGGUCAGUUGAUCGUAGUCUUCUACUACAAGGAUGGCAAGACAUCGCUUUCAUCAACCCGGCCAAUGUCGUAUUUCUCUAUUUGUUGAUCAGAGAACUUGUGAAUGAGGACAUCGACGAUGAACGUGAACUUCAGUCUGUUGUUCUCACUUGCUUAUAUUUGAGUUAUUCGUACAUGGGAAAUGAAAUAUCCUAUCCACUGAAACCCUUUCUGGUUGAUGACUCCAAGGAAAAGUUCUGGGACAGGUGCUUGUUGAUUAUUAACCUCCUCAGUGGAAAAAUGCUCAGAAUCAACAGCGAACCAAGUUUUUUUACGGAGAUAUUUACUGAGCUGAAAGGAUGUUCUUCAUCAAAUACAUGAAAUCUUAGUCAAUAUCAUGUUGAAAGGUUUGUAUCACGAAAACGAAUUCAACAUUUUGGUAAGAUUUUAGA